CCCUGUGGUGUGACUUACCUCCUCCGUUUCCACCUCUCGUGACCAUGGCUGGUCAUAACUUCUUGCCUCGCGGGAUGUGGGAUGUCCGCUCGUCCAGUGGCAAACCUAGAGCAAAUCAGACCUAUUCCGACGACCGCUUUCUCUCCCCCGCUUCACCUGCUGCUCCCAGCUCGUCCACCCCCCUUCCCGUUCCCUCGUCGUCUCCUAACCCGACCUCCCUCCCCUCACCCUCCGCUUCACCCGCCGCUCCCAGUUCCGCCAUCCUCCUUCCCGUUCCCGCCUCCGCUUUCCCCGCUUCCUCCCCCUCCCCCUCCGCUUUCCCCACCGCCUCCCCGUCCCCCUCCCCCUCAUCGUCCUCGCCAGCAAGGCAGGCUCAAGCCAUGCUUCUGAGAGACUUCGUCGAGCCUACGUGGAAGCUUCUUCCCGCGUCUCCUCACCUGAAUCCGAAUUCCGGCGGUUCAUCGUCCGAACUAAGGCUUAAUCCCAAAGAGGCUCGGCAACUCCGUGCCACCAUCAUUCAGGCAACCACCCGCUUCGUCGCCUCUUCUUCUCGCGUCAAGCCCUCUCAACUGCCGCUGCUCGUUUCUGCCUUCUUUGGGUCGUCCAACCUGGCUCUUGUAACCCCUGGCUAUGGCAGUCCGAGCCAGGCUAAACGAAGCCGUCCUCCUAACCCAUCUGCCCCUACGACUGCCGCUCGUUCUGCCGUGUCCGCUGCUGUUUCUGCUCCUGCUGCUUCUGUGUCCUCUCCGACUCCUGCCGAUGCUCUGCUUGCGCUGCUCCUAGCAGAGCAGCCCACAAGUAGAGGGAGUGGUGGAGGGUCCAUGACGGUGGAGUGCGGUGCUGCAGGGUGUGCAGAAGAUGCCGAAUGUGGUGCUGAAUGCAUUCGGGUGCUCACGAGACCUCCUGCCUCCACCAGAGAAGCCAAGCUGCAGCACUCCCUAGUCCCGCUUCUCCUGCACAUCGCCUCCCGCCUUGUGGCCGCCACAGCAAAUUCGCCCCACUAUUCAACCUCACCCAAGGCCCAUCAUCCCCAUCAACUAAUCACCCCUCAAACGCAAUCUCUGUUGUCUACUCAAGCCACUCAGCAGACGCAUCCUCUCCUUACCACCACUCAAGCGCAUCCUUUGUUUGCCACUCAGACGCAUCUGGGCUGUGCCUUCGACAGGUGCCGGCACGCUCUUGCCCGCCUCGCCUCUGUACUAGGCCCCCUGCAGUGCUGCCAGCAGCUCCUGCCGCUGCAGGCCACGAUGGUUGAUGCUGAUGCUGCUGGUGCUGCCGCUGCUGUUGGUGCAGCUUCUGCUGCCUGUUCUCCUGCUACUGCUCUGUCCGCUGCUGCUUCUGUUGCUGGUAAUUCCACUGCUGCACGUGGGUCUGAUUCCGCUGCUGCUGCUUCUGCUGCGACCACUGCAGCUGCUGCAGUUGAGUCGCUUUCCCUCCUGCUGCUUCAAUGCCUGCAGCGCGCAACAGCUGCUGUUGAAAAUUUCCACUCUCAAUCUGCACUGGUAAUGCUGCCAUCGGGCAUACCGCCACCUUUUUCCACGCUAGAAGGCUCAGCAGCAAAAGUAGAAGCAGAGGCAUCAUGGGUUGGAGAAGCAGCAGAAGGAAUAGGGCGAGUAAGAGCAGACGACGGCCAGAUUCUACUAGGGGAAGAGCGUCUUGAGAAUUCUCAGCAGAGACUGCAUGAGACAGCCCCUUUUUGCAUGUCCACCAAGGAUGCCUGUGCGCUUCUCUCCUCUCUCUCCUCCUCGCUCCCCGAGACAGACGUUGCUGUUCUCUCCUCCUGGCUGCCUGCUUUCUUCCUCCUGCUGCUACUCCCCUCCAAGCCUGUCUCCUUGAGUAUGAAAGAGCAAGCGUUGGAAUCACAGCAGCAACAAAGGCAUUGCUCGCAGCCGCCGCAGCCGUCACCACAGCAGCAGCACCAGCAGCAGCAGCAGCAGCACCAGCAGCAGCAGCACCAGCAGCAGCAGCACCAGCAGCAGCCAUAUUCUGUGCCAUCGCUGUUGCACCAUGCUACACCGCUGGUACCAACUGCAAAAGCAACUGCUGCGCAAUCAUCAUCAUCACUGCUGCAUUCUGGGUCAUUACGACAGGCUGCUCGGCGAUCAUUGCACCCUAGAGUGCCAUCAUUAACGUCUGCAGAGCCAUCAUUGCCAUCCGCAGUGCCAUCAUUGCCAUCCGCAGUGCCAUCAUUGCCAUCCGCAGUGCCAUCAUUGCCAUCGGCAGUGCCAUCAUUGCCAUCCGCAGUGCCACCACUGCCAUCACUAUCCCCUGCACAGCCAUUGGUAAGACAAGUAGAGAGGGGAAGGAGGGGGCCAAGGGAAGCAGACUGGGAUGGGUUUGCCGUGCCAGACGGAGUCCCUUCUUCCUCUAAUGCAGUGCCGGAUGGAGUGCCGGAUGGAGCGCCGGACGGAGUCCCUUCUUCUCCCAAAGCUCGCAGAAGAAGCAGAAAGAGGCACAAGGCUGCUGUGGAUGCAGGUCAGCUGCCUUCAGAUGCUUUUGCAGUACCUUCAAGUGGCCCUCAAACGCCUUCAGGUGCUUUUCAGGUGCCAUCAGGUGGUGGAAGGUUCUCUGGUUCCAAGUCCAGACGGAGUCAGGUUCGCUCGGCGGGAAGAUCAGCUGCUGACGUGGAAGUUCCAGCGCAUCACUGUGCUGAUGUGGCAAAUCCCAUGCAUCAUGCAGCAGAUUUGGCAUCUCCUGAUUGGCCUGUUUCGCAGCCCGGUGGCGCUAGAGCAAGCGCCUCUGGUUGGCAGAAGGUGGUAACUGGUAGCGUGUCAGCAGCAGCAACUCCUGCAGCAGCACGACCUGCCGCAGCAGUACAUGGAGCAGCAGAAGGAACAGCAACAGCAGCAGCAGCAGCAGGAGAAGGAACAAAAGCAGCAGCAGCAGCGGUAGCAACAGCGCCAGAAGCAGGAUCAUCACCAGUACGGAAAACAGGGGCUGUUCCCCCAGCAUCAGCAGCAUCAGUAGCAUCACGAACGGUUCUGCUGAGACCCUCCCCUCUCCAUUCCCAUUCACAUGGCGUCCUACCUCUCUUCCCGCGACACCCUCCCUCUUUGACCCACUUCUCCCCUCUCCUCGCCUCCUGCUCCGCCCUUCUCACCACUCUCCACACCUGCAUCCUCUCCAUGUUCCCACCCCACCGCAUUCCACCGCACGGGUUCUCGCUGUCCUGGCCCUUUGAGCCCCCGCUUUCUGACGAAGCUUCUGGGAAGCUCCUGCGGGAUAAAUCACAGUUUGACCAGCUGAAUCAACUGCUUGGAGCGCUGCAUUCGGCUUCCCUGGCUGCUGCUGCUGCUGCUGCUGAUGCUGCUGCUGCUGGUGCUCGUGGUGCUUGUGGAGCUGGUGGUGCUGCUGGUGCAGGUGCUGGUGCUGGUGCUGGUGCUGGUGCUGGUGCUGGUGCUGGCGCUGGUGUCGCCAUUGGUAGUAAUGAUAGAGAUGGUGAUGGUGCGGUGGUGAUGUUGGUGGUGCUCGUGCGGCUGAUACGGAAGCAGCUGCUGAUGUCGCCUCUCCCGCCUUCUCCCCUCCACUCCUCGUUCUCCCAUCAGUUCCUCUCCUUCGCCCUCCACCACCGCCCCUCCCUCAGCCUUCUCUUCUCAGCCUCCCUUGCCCAAUGCUCCUCCUCCUCUCUCCACCCUUCCUUCAACCCCACUCGUCCCCUCACCCAUACCGCACCGACUGGAGGGAAGAAUGGCAAGAACAGGGGCUUGCCGUGUACUGCCAGGGAGGGCGUGUUGAGUCUUGAGACGUCUCAGCACAGAGCCAUGCCGUUUACAGCCUGGGAGGGCCAGUUGAUACAUGGCGGCAGCUCCAUGCCUUUAGCAUGGAUGCUACAGCUGAAAAGCCAGGCGUUUCCUUCUUCCUGCUCCUGCUACCGUAACACCAGCACUCGCAGCACCAGUAGUGGCUUUGACAGUGGCACUGGCGGUGGUUGUGCACAUGGUAUCAGAGACAGGAGUGGCAGUCGCUGCACGUAUUGCAAGGGGGACAGCAGUGGGAGCAGGGACAGCAGGGACAGCAGUGACAGUAGUGGGAGUGAGCUGCUGAGUGUGGAGGGCAAGAGGAGCUGGGUGCAGUGGUGCUGCCACCUCCCCGGGAUGAUUACCGAGACAAGGAGUUCAUUCAGAUAGAGCGGGGUCCGUUGGCCCUUCACCAGGCCUUCGUUCAGAUCCUCUCUGCCGACCCAACAGCCCUCCGAACCGGAGGCUUGGACGUCCGGUUCACAGGCGAGGGUGGCGCGGCAGGUCCGGGAGUGCUUCGGGAGUUCUUCGCCUUCGUUCGGGCGCACCUCUUCGACCCAAACCUGGGCCUCUUCCGACCCGUACCUCACGACCCGAGCCGGUAUUCCCUCUCCCUGGCGUCCCGAGCCAACCCUGCCGAAGCUAAAGAGUACCUUCGGUUCGCCGGGCGUAUCCUGGCUCUUGCGUUGGCCCAUCAGGUUCCGUUGGGGGUGAAGCUGUCUCGGUCUCUCUUUGCCCUCCUCGCCUCUCGCUCGCCCUCUCUGGCCGACGCUGCUGAUGAUGAUCCACAGCUGGUUGCUAGCUGUAGGUCUCUGCUGGCUAUGGCAGAAAAGGAGACUGCAGGAAGAGAAAAACGAGGAGGAGAAGGAGGAGGAGUAGCUGGUAAGGCAGGAGGAGGUGCAGGACAAGGAGGAGGAGGGGAAGUGCAGGCACUGUGUCUCACCUUUGUGGCUGCGGUUGAGGAUCCGAUGGGGGGCCCGCCGAUCGAGGCAGAGCUCGUGCCAGGUGGCGGCGAGAGAGUGGUCUGCGCGGAUGACGUGGCGAAGUUUGUGCAGCGGCUGGUGCAGUUCCGAGUGUGUGGGGUGGUGGAGGAGGAAGGGAGGCGCUGAGGAGAGGCAUGGAGGAGAUAUUAGGGAGAGGGGGCGGGGGUAAUGUGAAGUUGGAGGAAGCGGCGGAAGGGAGGGAGGUAGUACAGGUAGAGUGCGCCCUGGUGGUGGUGGUGGUGGUGAGUCAGGUGGCUGUGGGUGUGGUGGUGAUGGACUCCCUUGUGGCCAUACAGAUGGUGAUUUGGACGGUGGUGAUUCUAUUGAAGGCGUAACUUUGGCGGCUAUGCUCGCCCCGCUUUCAUGUGACGACCUCAAUCUGCUUCUCCAUGGGGAGGACCGCCACGUGGCAGUGUCUGAUUGGCAGGCGCACACGAAAUAUCAUGGAUAUUGCCAAAACGACCCACAGGUUUCAUGGUUCUGGGAAGUUGUGGAGUCGCUUACGGGCGAGCAGCGGAAGUCGUUGCUCUUUUUUGCAACUGCUGUUUCCAACCUGCCAGUGAACGGAUUCAAUGGGUUGGCAUUAGGGUUUCAUCUGCAUCGGGCAGAUGUGGAUCUUUCUCGUCUGCCCACGGCUCAUACGUGCUUUCACCAGUUUCUCCUACCGCCAUAUGAGAGUUUUGAGAUGAUGCGCGUGCGUUUGCUCACUCUCGUGAGCUCGUCAUACAUUGUACAUAGCUUUGGAUUUGCAUAACACAUCGUGAUCCGCAUGCUGGCCCAUGGUUUGCUGUAGGUUUUAGCGUUUCACUUAGAGAUUCGUUACACAUGACGAUAUGAGUUCAAAAUAGGGCGUUGUGCAGU